AUGUCCAAGGGAAAAACAAAAGAUAGUCCAACUCAAGCCAUCAUGGAGCACACGUUGUGUGCCAGCCAUUACCGCCCAACCACAACCGGCACAUCUCAAAAUUUGUUCUCUCUGUUUUUCUUUUGGUGGCGAAUUAGCGAGCUCCUGGGAGGCUUGGUCCUCUUCGUGGCCCGAGUUAACUUGAUCCUUACAGCCUGGACAACUCAACCGGCUCAUCAAGGGCUUGAGGGGAUUAGCGUCGAUAUGCUGCUAUCACUGGAGGAUAGAUCUCCGUUCGCGACGCCACCGCGCCUGGUUGGUGAGGAGUAA